AGCAGCCAGGAAACAAAAGAAACUUGUGCACCACAAAAAAAAAAAAGACAUGUGUGCAUGUGUUCAGAAAUGGGAGUGGUUGUGGGUCUGGUAGUUUUCCUGAGAUCGCGAGCCUCACCUGCACUGACAGCUUUUUGGGCAGUCGACAUGUACUGAGGUUGAGUGGAUGAGUAAUUCAGUGACAGCUGAAGAGACGGAGCAGUGAGAGAAGACGAUACAUGAACACAGCAGCAGGGACAUCACACAGCGGACCAUGAGUGAUCACCUCAGAAGUAGCUACUCUGGGUCCUCAGCCCCGGAGCUGAGGCUCAUUCUUCUGGGGAACCUUGGAUGUGGAAAGACGUCUUCAGCCGACACCAUCCUGGGCCAACUGUCGCCCGUCUCUCCCUCUGCCUCCAGGAGCUGCCAGCUGCGACAGGGCUUCACCGAGGGCAGGAGCGUGACCCUGGUGGAGGCGCCGAGAUGGUACUGGAACGGCGACAAGAUGGAGGACAGCGUCAGGAAGGAGACGGAGCGAGUGCUGACACUGGCAGCACCGGGUCCACACGCCAUUUUGCUGCUGGUGCCAGUGGGCCAGUUCACAGAGAUGGAGGGUCGAGUACCUGUAGAGUUGGAGCAGGUGUUUGGGGAGGAGUCACUGGAUCACACCCUGGUCAUGCUGACGUGUGGGGACUAUUUGAUGGGAAGAACAGUGGAGGAAUACCUGCAGAAAGAAAAUCCAGGCCUGCGGCAGAUAAUUGAGCGCUGCGGGGGGCGGUGCCAUGUCAUCAAUAAUCGUCAGCGACAGGAUAGGGAGCAGAUACGCGAGCUGCUGGAGAAGGUGGAGAAUAUGGUGCAGGCAAAGGGGGUGUACCACAAGAAAACUGUGCAGGAGCGAGAUCUGGAGAGACGAGUGAACGAGAGACGACAGGAACUUAUGGAGAGUUACAGAGCUAAAAAGGAAGAGAGAAUAGAAAGUAGAGGAGAGGAGGGCGGUACCACCUUGGAGACGUGGAGGAGUCAAGAGAGGGACGAGACGGAGAGAAGAGCAGGUGGAAGUCAAACGUCCAAUGGGCUUCAUUCAACUCCAGCGCCAGAGCGAGAGUCGUAUUCAUCAUAUUCACAGAUGCAGGAUGACAGGCAGGUGAAGAGGACGCCCAGCUUCAGACUAAACCCAGAUGGAGCUGUACUCUCUCAAAUGUCUGAAGUUGCAUCAUCUCCGAAACUGAUUACAACGUUUCAUCACAGAAUCAACAGCUUUGAAGAGAGAUUCCCUGAGGCGUCUCCUACUUCCUCUCCCUAUUCACCCGUCUUCUCCUCCUCCCCUUCCUCGCCAUCCUUUGCUGCCUCCUCUUCCACAUUCCCCUCAUCCUCCUCCCCCUCCUCAUCUACCUUUGCCUCCGCCUCUCCCACGUCAUCCUCUUCAUUCCCUUCAUCCUCCUCAUCCUCCACAGUCCCCUCAUCCUCUACAUCUUCCACAGUCCCCUCAUCCUCCAUAUCUUCCACAUUCCCCUCAUCCUCCUCAUCCUCCUCAUUCCCCUCAUCCUCCUCAUCCUCCACAUUCCCCUCAUCCUCCACAUCUUCCACAUUCCCCUCAUCUUAUUCAACCUCCCCAUCAACGUUUGCUUCCGCCUCUCACACAUCAUCCUCUUCAUUCCCCUCAUCCUCCUCAUCCUCCACAGUCCCCUCAUCCUCCACAUCUUCCACAUUCCCUCAUCCU